AUGGUAAACCUUGUGACAGCACAUCAGGCACUACUGCGCCGCCUGAUGAAGUCUGCCGGCGUCUUACCACACACCGUCCAAAUCAAUGCCGGCACCGUCAUCAACAUCUGGGCCCCAUCCGACACCCUCGACAAGCCUGCAGUGGUGCUCGUCCACGGUUUCUCCGCCGACGGAAUCAUGACGUGGCAGUUCCAGGUUGGCCCCCUGAGCAAGAAAUACGCCGUGUACGUGCCGGACCUCCUCUUCUUCGGGGGAUCGGCUACGGACAGCCCCGACCGGUCACCGGAGUUCCAGGCGGAGUGCCUGGCCGAGGCCCUGAGGUCGCUGGGCGUCCAGCGGUACACGGUGGUGGGGUUCAGCUACGGGGGCGUGGUGGCGUUGAAGAUGGCGGGGAUGUGGCCGGAUCUGGUGGCAGCGGCGGUGGUCUCCGGGUCGGUGGUGGAGAUGACGGAGUCGAGCAGCAGUGCUAUAGUGGAAGAGCUGGGGUUUUCGUCACUGUCUGAGUUUUUGCUCCCGACAAGUGUGAAGGAGUGUAGGGAGCUUUUUAAGGUGGCGGUUCACCGGAAGUUCUGGUUUCCAGAUCGCCUCUACGGAGACUUUCUCAAGGUGAUGUUCUACAAUAGAAAGGAAAGGGCUGAACUACUUGAAGGCCUAGUGGUCACCACCAAAGAUAAGGCCCUUCCUAACUUUACUCAGAGAAUACAUCUUCUUUGGGGAGAGAAUGACCAAAUAUUCAAAAUGGAACUUGCUAGGGAUAUGAAACAACAGCUUGGUGAAAAGACUACACUACAGGGUAUAAAGAAAGCAGGUCAUCUAGUUCACCUGGAAAGACCAUGUGUCUACAAUAGAUGUCUUAAGGAGUUUCUUGCUUCCUUGCAUGCUACAGAUGAUGAAGCUCGAAAAUGA